CCCCCCAACAACCUAAAUCCCAGUUUCGCAUAUACAGCUGCUCUGAGUCUUUCAAGUUAAUUGACUCCAUCUCCGUCUUCUUUGUUCAGCCCUGACUUUGCCUGUGUCUUCAAAGGAGGAAUGUGGACUUCGAUUCGCCACCAGCUUACAGUACUUCCGGAGUCUCUGGAAGCGUCCUGUUGCCAUGGCGACUGUGUACACAGCCGGUCGGCUGGCUGUCCAGAUUGUGAACAGAAUCCCUCAAGUCCCUGCAGUUAUAGCGGUCGCUCUACUCGAGUGCCGCUGCCUCGCGAGAAUGGGUACUAGGAAAAAGGUUCAAGCGUUCGUCCGUGUCAAGCCUACUGAUGACUUUGCUCAUGAAAUGAUCAAAUAUGGAGAUGACAACAAAAGCAUUGAUAUUCACUUGAAAAAAGAUAGUCGGAGAGGAGUUGUCAAUAACCAGCAGACAGACUGGUCAUUCAAGCUGGAUGGAGUUCUUCAUGAUGCCUCCCAGGACUUGGUUUAUGAGACAGUCGCCAGGGAUGCAGUUUCUCAAGCCCUUGAUGGAUACAAUGGUACCAUCAUGUGUUAUGGGCAGACAGGAGCCGGCAAGACAUACACCAUGACGGGGGCAACUGAGAAUUACAAGCACCGGGGUAUUCUCCCUCGUGCCCUGCAGCAGGUUUUUAAGAUGAUUGAAGAGCGCCCCACACACGCCAUCACUGUGCGUGUUUCCUACCUGGAAAUCUAUAACGAGAACCUGUUCGACCUCCUGUCGACGCUACCCUAUGUUGGACCCUCAGUCACACCGAUGACCAUCGUGGAAAACCCUCAAGGGGUCUUCAUUAAGGGCUUGUCGGUCCAUCUCACAAGUCAAGAGGAGGAUGCAUUCAGCCUUCUCUUUGAGGGAGAGACUAACAGGAUCAUUGCUUCCCACACAAUGAACAAAAAUUCAUCCAGGUCACACUGCAUUUUCACCAUCUACAUGGAGGCCCACUCUCGGACCUUAUCAGAUGAAAAGUAUAUCACUUCCAAAAUCAACUUGGUAGAUCUGGCUGGCUCAGAGAGGCUGGGGAAGACAGGGUCGGAAGGUAGAGUCCUAAAGGAAGCCACCUACAUCAACAAGUCGCUGUCGUUCCUGGAGCAGGCCAUCAUUGCCCUUGGGGACCAGAGGCGGGACCACAUUCCUUUCCGGCAGUGCAAGCUCACCCACGCCCUGAAAGACUCAUUAGGGGGAAACUGCAAUAUGGUCCUUGUGACAAACAUCUAUGGAGAAGCUGCCCAGUUAGAAGAAACGUUUCCCUGGCAGAGAAUGGUCAAGAACUUGGAGAAGGAGCUGGCAUUGCUCAAGCAGGAACUGGCUAUCCAUGAUAGCCUGGCCAACCGCACCCUCGUGAAUUACGACCCCAUGGAUGAAAUCCAGAUUGCUGAAAUCAACUCGCAAGUGCGGAGGUACCUGGAGGGGACACUGGAUGAGAUUGAUUCCAGUGGACUCAGCAUGGCCCCCAUUACAAACUGUUGUUACUCUCUCCCAAGCCAACAGGAACAGGAAGUGGAGUCUGCCUUGCGCAGAAAGUACACCCUCAUAGACAAGAAUGACUUUGCAGCCAUUUCUGCUGUCCAGAAGGCAGGGCUCGUGGAUGCUGAAGGUCACCUAGUAGGUGAGCCUGAUGGACAAAGCUUUGGACUUGGGGUUGCUCCUUUUUCUAUCAAACCUGGGAAGAAAUCCAGGUCUAAAAAGACACUGAAAGAUCAGCUCAGCUCCUCAGCAAGAAAGGAAGGUGUCAGCAGCCCUGUGAGUGGCAAGGACUUAGAUGUGAUUUCCAUCUCCAAGACCCAGCUGAUCCCCCCAUCUUCCAAAGAUGGGGAUAUCAAAGACAUGUUUCCACGAGACAGGGAGACGUCCAGUAUUGAACCCCUUCCCUCGGACUCUCCUAAGGAAGAGUUGCGCCCACCCAGACCCAGCACCCCACCCUCUAAACCUGUGGCCUUUGAAGAUUUUAAGAAUGAACGAGGUAGUGAGAUCAACCGCAUCUUCAAAGAAAACAAAUCCAUCUUGAAUGAACGGAGGAAAAGGGCCAGCGAGACCACCCAGCGCAUCAAUGUCAUCAAGCGGGAGAUUGAUGUGACCAAGGAUGCACUGAAUUUCCAGAAGUCACUGCGGGAGAAGCAAGGUGAGUACGAGAACAAAGGCCUGACGAUCAUCGACGAGGAGGAAUUUCUGCUGAUCCUGAAGCUCAAAGACCUGAAGAAGCAGUAUCGAAAUGAGUACCAAGAACUGCGAGACCUCAGAGCUGAGAUCCAGUACUGCCAGCGCCUGGUGGAUCAGUGUCGCCACCGUCUGCUCCUGGAAUUUGACAUCUGGUACAAUGAGUCCUUUGUCAUCCCAGAGGAUGUUCAGGCAGCACUGAAGCAGGGCAGCAGUAUCCGGCCAGGCAUGGUACCUGUCAACAGGAUUGUGUCUCUGGGAGAAGAUGACCAGGAUAGGUUCAGCCAGCUGCAACGGACUGUACUGCCUGAGGGUCCUGAUUCCAUCUCCUUCUACAAUGCCAAAGUCAAGACAGAACAGAAGCACAAUUAUAUGAAAACCAUGGUGGGCCUCCAACAGUCACACAGAAAAUAGUCUCAUCAAUAGCUUGAAGACCAGCGACUCUAGUCGGUUCUAAGGAAGCUGCUAAACCACAUGCUCAGAGCUCCAGCCACUUGCUCUGCUGCAAGCUAGGACCAAACCCAGAGAACACACAGUUGUCUGCCUGCUAGGAUGAACAUCCUCCAAAGGACACCCUUGCUUGUCUCCACAGAAUACUUUUGAUUUUAAUUUACUACCACAUGUAAAAAUCAAGAUAAAAUUACUUUCUUA